AUGGAAGAGGACGUGACACCGAACAAGACCGGUGAGGUGAAGAAAAAGCAAGUUCGAGAGGGUGUCAAGAACGAGUCGCCCCGCGACACUGCACAGUGCGUUCUGAUCGUGGAGGCAGUGAAGGGCAGCACAGGCGCUCUGAUCGCCUGCUUCGAUGGACCGAAUGAAGUCACAUUUCGAGCCGGCGAUGGCUAUGUUUGCGAUGCGUUGGAGCUUGCUGUCCGGCAGAUGAACGAAGGUGAGCGAGCGAUUAUCACCUGCUCAACAUCAUCUAUGUGUCUCGAUCCUGCAUUGAAGCUUUCCAUCCAAGAUGGAGAGGAGGCCAUCUUCAAAGUGGAGCUUAAAAGCUUCCGAAACCCGAGAGGCACUUAUGAGAUGCCUGAGGCAGACAAAAUGGCCUACGCAACUGAGCGGAAAGAGACCGGGUCUCGACUCUUCCGGGAAGGGAGGUAUUUCCUGGCUCUGCAAAGAUAUUGUGGAGUGCUCGAGUUCUUCUCUUACUGCGACAAUCUCAGCGAGGCUUGUAAACUUCAGAUGAGCGAGCUCAAGAAGACCUGCGAGCUUAAUCAAGCACAGUGCCGUUUAAGAUUGCGCGACUUCUACGGUGCGAAAAAGGCUUGCGAUGCAGUCUUGGCAGAGGAGCCCACGAACCUCAAGGCACUCUUCAGAAGGGCGAGCGCCAAUCUUCAGCGGAGGGAUUUCGCUGAUGCGCUUAGUGACCUCAAAAUGCUCUUGGAGCUAGAUCCCAAAAAUUCCGAUGCAAGACGGCUGCUGCCAGAGGCACAGAAAGGAGCCAAAGAAGGCGAGAAGAAGGCCAGGUCCAUGUACGCCAAAAUGACCAAGAGCCUUGGGACUGGCAGGGAGGACGUAAAGGGCAUUCAGUUUGACUUCGAGCCCGAACCAGAGUCCUUUUCUGCACUUUUCCUGGAUGCGCCUGCUCGAAACACUGCCUCUUGCAACGCUGGUGACUAUCGUUUGUAUGUAGGUGGAGGUGCCAUAAACAAAGCAUUCGGAGACUUGUUCAAGAAGGAGCAGGGCCUGCAGUUUGGCAGGAUUUCCGAGGACUACCAACAGUUGCACAUGGAGCUCCUCCAUGCAAGUCGGAAGGCUGGCCGGAAACUGGUUUCUGCCCGAGACUUGCCCAAGGCUGCUGAAUUAUUGCCGAAGCUUUCGCUCUUAGCCUCGUUCGGCCGCGCGGCCGAUGAAGUGGAGCCAGAAGGUGCAGAGGGCACUUCGCCGGAACUUCGCGGAGCUAUAGGCUCCGUGUUCAUCGAUGUUUUCCAGCAAGAACAGCGCCCACUGCACCCGAAAAAUGUGGCGAUGCUGUAUGUGGUCGGACCCAAGGGCGAGGGUGCCACGGGCCCGCUUGGCCCGGGCACUGGUCCGCUUUACGACGAGGACCACUUCCUGGGGUCACUGGAGGUAUUGGCCACGAAAUCGAUCGAAGCGGUGGCCGAGUACAACGAUAUCCGCGAGACCUCAUGUGGCCCGGUGCCGGGGCCACCCAUUGAGGAGGUGCGAUGGUGCUUGGUCAGUGGCGGUGUGUAUCGGCAUGAAAGUGUUAGCAAAGUGGACGUUGCUAGAAUCACGAUCCAGGGCAUGAGGGCUGCGAGAGGAGCUGACGGUCUUGUCGUCACGUUUGCCUACGACGAGGACGUAUUUAAGAAGGCAUGGCAAAUAGAGAACAAGAACCUGAAGAGUCAGGCCUGA